GGAGAGAAAGGAAAGCGCGAGGAGACGCCGCCACCGCCGCCAGCGCAGCUGUGCCAGAGCCGCGAGGAGACCGGCCGCCCGACUCCCCCCACCCCUCGCCGGCCGCCGCGUCCUCGGAUUUGUUCCAACAAUCUGUUAAAACAUGGUGGAUUACUAUGAAGUUCUGGGCGUGCAGAGACAUGCCUCACCUGAGGACAUUAAAAAGGCGUAUCGGAAACAGGCACUUAAAUGGCAUCCGGACAAAAAUCCUGAAAAUAACGAAGAAGCAGAGCGGAAAUUCAAACAAGUAGCUGAGGCAUAUGAGGUGUUAUCGGAUGCAAAAAAGCGGGACAUCUAUGACAAAUACGGCAAAGAAGGAUUAAAUGGUGGAGGAGGAGGUGGAAGUCAUUUCGACAGUCCGUUUGAGUUUGGCUUCACAUUCCGGAAUCCAGAUGAUGUCUUCAGGGAAUUUUUUGGUGGAAGGGACCCAUUUUCAUUUGACUUCUUUGAAAACCCAUUUGAUGACAUUUUUGGGAGCCGAAGGGCUUCCCGAGGAAAUAGAAGCCGAGGUGCAGGCUCGUUUUUCUCCGCCUUCAGUGGAUUUCCUUCUUUUGGAGGUGGAUUUCCUGCUUUUGACACAGGGUUCAGUUCAUUCCGGUCACUAGGACACGGGGGUCUCACGUCAUUCUCUUCAGCAUCAUUUGGUGGCAGCGGAAUGGGCAACUUCAAAUCAAUAUCAACUUCUACUAAGAUAGUUAAUGGCAAAAAAAUCACUACAAAGAGAAUUGUGGAGAAUGGUCAAGAAAGAGUAGAAGUUGAAGAAGACGGGCAGUUAAAGUCCUUGACGAUAAAUGGUGUGGCCGACGAGAACGCCUUUGCAGAAGAAUGCCAGCGGAGAGGCCAGCAGAUACCAGCUCUGGCCCCUGGCCCGGCCCCAGCAACAGUCCGGGCACUCUCCCCGGCCCGGGCCCCAGCUCCAGCCCCGACUCCGGCCCCUUCUAUCAGCACCCGCACACAGAAGCCACCCAGGCCUGCCCCGACGGCCAAACUUGUGUCUAAAAGCAACUGGGAAGAUGAAGAGCAGGACAGGCAGCGGGUUCCUGGCAACUGGGAUGCCCCCAUGACCUCAGCAGGGCUCAAGGAAGGUGGCAAGAGGAAGAAGCAGAAGCAGAAAGAGGACUCGAAGAAGAAGAAGUCGACCAAAGGGAACCACUAGGCUGAACUUGGCGGCAGCCGCUGCAGCCGCUCUGGUGUGUGGUGUGCACGUGCACGGCAGUGGCAUCCUUUCGGUGCUGCUUCGCUUAGCAGGAUUAUGGACAUGUGCCCACGGAUCGGUAGGAUCAGGGGUGUUGGAGAUGGAGGUGACAAUCUCGGGUGGCCCGUAUAGUGUAAGCUUGUGACACAUCCUCAGCCUUGUAACUCUGCUUUUCCCCAGCACUAAAUCCUUAGCAUUUUCCUCUUGAGUUGUA